AGAUAACGUGUCCUACGUAAUUCACAUUUAUAUUUGAUAUGUUUGUCUUUUUGCUAACAGUAUGACAAAGUGGUUUAAUAAUUAAUCUUUUAAUAGAUAUAAUUUCUUCAGUUUUAGGAUAUUUCAAACAUGUCUAGUCGUGAGGCUCCAGCAUCCAUUUCAGCUAUUCGUAAUCCAAACAGUCAGCUUGCUGGUCUACCACCUAGACCUCCUCUUUCAGAUGCCGCUUUGUUUUCUUUGAUUUUAACUGUUCGGGAGGCUGGUCGGCGUUUAGCAAUGAGUGAUUACGCCAUUGCCACAGCUUGCACAAUAUUACACCGAGCUCUACGUGUUCUCACUACUGGUGAUGAACAACCAGUUGCAACACUCACUACUUCUGGGUCAGCAACUGUCAAUGGAUCUGAUUCAGUUUCUGGUUUCGACUCAAUCGACCAAUCUUUUAAACAUAGCUUGGGAGAUAUCGAUGCACAUACGAUUGCUAUGGCAUCUAUCAGCCUUGGCGGUAAAGUACAAGAAGAACACCAACGGCUGCGUGAUGUGAUUGUUUCUUAUUACAGGACACUUCACAAAAACCGUCGUAGUCCUUUGGAAGUCGGUGAUGAUUAUGAUCGUUUACGGGAAAGUCUUGUACAAACUGAAUUGUUUCUGAUGCGACUGUUAGCUUAUCACGUUCGUCGUCCCUCUCUACCACAUCCAUAUCUAGUUCAUUAUCUUCAUUCAUUACUCCAUUGGGUUGGCAAAGGUAUAGCACAGCCAUGCGGGUCCGAUUUGAACGCUGGUGGAAAUUCAGUAAAUGCUUCUGCAAUUGCAUUAGCACGACUUCCUGGCUUGGCUUGGUCAAUACUGGCGGAUUCUUAUCAGUCAGCUAUGUGUUUAGAUUUCGCCCCAGAGCAUAUCGCUGCAGCAGUAUUGCAUUUAGCUUUACGGAUUGCUGGUGUUGAAAUACCUGGUAAUCGGCACUCUGAAAUGGCCUGGUGGCAGGCUAUUUCAGAUAGUUUGUCCCGUGAAAUAGUUGAACAAAUCCAACUUCGAGUAAUGGAUAUUUAUGCAGUGGAUGAUAAAUUUAAAGCCAGUACACUUAAUCGUUUCACUAAUGAAUUUUGAGGAUGUUGGUGAACACCUUUGCAUUUUUUUAUACUGUUUUUCAUGUACAUUCGAAAUGUAUUGUAAAGAAAAUUUAAUAUUGAAAUUUGUUAACAUCCUAGUCGUUUUUCAUUGUGUUUCUUUCCACACUUCCCGUUUCUCAUUUGACGAUUUAAAAUGAUCCUGAACACAGAUUAAUCAAAAGUUUUCUGAAAUUCUAUUUCCACUGCAGACACUCGAUUCUUUGAAUAUCACGAAGUAUCAAUCGUGUUUUUCAAUAAGAUUUAUAUACAUACGUAUACAUGUUACUGUUUUUUCUGUAUUCCUGCUUUCUACAAACGUCACGUAGUUUCUUAUUGUGUUCAUCUUAGAACUGCUUUUUGAUGUAUCCACUGGCGGAUUUAAAUAAAUUAAUUGUAUCAGGUG